UAUUGUCGAAGAACCGGUUCAAAAAUAUUCAGCGUUUAUUCGAUCUUACCGUCUUAAUUGAAUAAAAAAAGUUACCGUUUAUCAUAAUUUCGACUUAUCAAGUCCGCUCUGGCCUUUUCAGUUCUCCGUUGUCCUGUUUGCACGCUUCGAACCGUGAAUCUUUUGUGAAGACUUUCGUGACUCGUUAAGAAAAUCUGUUUCAAACGAACGAGAUACACUAAUGCACACAACAAUAUAACGAAUCUUAAGUGAUCGAGUUAAAAAGAAAUCGUUAAUAUUAAAAUAAGCUUUAUUAUUUCGACCCAACGGGCAAGAAACAUCCACACCGCAAUCCGUUUGAUAUUUCUAUGCUACAGGAUCGGUGGACUACUCGGAGUGCAUGCACGCUUUUCGUGCAUAUGUUCUCUUUCGGUUUACAUGUACUUUCAGAGGAGUGUAUAGAAGACUACAGGCUGGAGGAUUAACCCAGAGUCGCUCCAAAGGUCCUCCUACAGAUACACAGAGACCAAAAGCUCGCGACUGCAGCACCAGCUUUCAAGAAACCCACACGAACGACCAGAGACACUUAACAACAGGGGCCAGCAUGAAGAAACUUCUCGUGGACGUGGACUGUGGUGUGGAUGAUGCUCAGGCUAUCAUGAUGGCUUUGGCAGCGCCUGGUGUGAAGAUCCUGGGCAUCACCUGCGUUCAGGGAAACACCUCAAUAGACAACGUCUGCAAGAACGUCCUGCGUGUCUUGAAAGUGUGUAAGCGUCUGGAGAUCCCUGUAUUCCGUGGAGCGACCAAAGCGCUCUUGGGACAGAUCAUCAGUGCCGGAGAGUUUCAUGGCAAAGAUGGACUGGGGGACGCCCCGGACCCCGACGCUCCUGGUUUGGAUCUGCUCCAGAAAGAGGGCGCCGUGUCAGCCAUGAUCCGAAUAGCCAACGAGAACCCUGGAGAGGUGUCUUUAGUGGCCACUGCUCCGCUGACAAAUGUGGCUUUGGCUGUGAAACUUGACCCCACCUUUCCACAGAAACUCAAAGGCCUUUACAUUAUGGGUGGAAAUACAGACUCUCGUGGGAACACAACUGUAUGUGGAGAGUACAACUUCGCAGCUGAUCCUGAAGCAGCAUAUAUAGUUCUGAAUGAAUUCACUUGCCCAGUUUACAUUGCCACCUGGGAGUUCACGUGUCGCAGCAAGAUACCCUGGGAGUUCUGUGAUGGCUGGCUGGCUCAGGACACGGAUAAAGCUCGGUUUAUGAAGCUGAUCUUUAAGCACAGCAUGGAGUCCACCUACAGCGAGAGGAUCGAGAAGGAGCUCGUGGACGGGCAGGGAUUCAUCUCCUGCGAUUCUUACGCCAUGGCAGCAGCCGUAGACGAGGCGUAUAUCAUUGAAACCGACCUCAAACCCGUCACCGUCGAGCUGGCGGGGAACUACUGCCGGGGAAUGAUGGUUGUAGAUCACCUCGACAUCCUGAAGAAGACUCACAAAGCCCACAUCCUGAAGAAGGUGGACUUGGAGAGAUUUAAAGAGCUCAUGAUGAAUGCUUUGAAAUAAACCGUCAUCCGUAGCCGUGUCUGGAAUUAGCUUACUGUAUUUUUUUUUAUGAACAUCUUUGUGGAAAUUUACUACAAUCUGAUAAAAUCAUAAAGCCAUUUAUACAGAACUGUUACAUGUUGAAAAAUGAAAGAGCAUUUAUUAUACAGUAAAGACAUUGUUUUACAGCCAAGUGCACACGCUAACAAGUCUGACAGAGCUAUAAAUAAAGUCAAUAUAAUAAAAUAA